UAGAUAACCUAUCGAAUCUCUUCCAUAUAAAGCGAUAAAUUUGUUAUCUAUUUUUCUCUUCUUUUCUCAUUAUCUUCUCACAAACUACAAAAUGGCUAACUCAAACAACGUUUACUUGAAAAAAACUCGCUAUGGUAAAGACCUUGUUCGUCUCUUAAGAGUAUACAAGGAAGGCAGUAUUCAACAUUGUACUGAACUUACUGUUCGACUUUUAUUGGAAGGUGAUAUCGAAACCUCUUAUACUAAGGCUGAUAAUUCUGUUGUGGUUACAACGGACACUUGCAAGAACACCAUAAACAUUCUUGCCAAGCGUAGUGAAAAUGUAGACAAUAUUGAAGUAUUUGCUCAAGAAAUUACUGAACAUGUCUUGAAACAAUAUAUUCAUAUCUCUGGUGCCUUUGUCGACAUCAUCAAACAUAAGUGGACUCGUCUUUUGGUAGAUGGUAAGCCUCAUCCUCACUCUUUUGUUCGUGAUGGUGAAGACAUUCAAACCACAAGUGUUGCCCAUUAUCGUGCUGGUAACGAAAUUCACAUCACUUCCGGACUUGAUAAGCUUUUGGUCCUCAAGACCACUGGUUCUGCUUUCCAUGGUUUCUAUACAGAUGAAUACACUACUUUAGUUCCUACUUGGGAUCGUAUCUUUUCUACUUCUGUGGAUGCCAAAUGGACCUUUAGUUCAAAGUCGGGUGCUGUUCUUCGCAACAUUGAUUACAAGACAAUCCAUGCUGGCGUUAAGCAAAUCACCUGUGAUACUUUUGCUAAGGAUGACUCUGCUUCUGUUCAAGCUACACUUUAUUUAAUGCAACAGCAAGUGUUGGCCAAGUAUCCUGAAAUUGCCGAAAUCUCUUAUGCUUUGCCCAACAAGCACUAUGUAGGUAUUGAUAUGAGCAAGUUUAACAUCGAUAAUGCUGGCAAAAACACCUCUGUUUAUUAUCCUCAAGCAGAUCCUUCUGGUCUCAUUACUGCUACUGCUGGUCGUAAAGAGUCCAAGUUGUAAGUUGAAGGAUGCUUCCGAUCAUUAUUUUUUUUUUAUAUGUAAUAUUUAUCCAUACCUAUGUUAUGGAUCAUAUAUGAAUAUGAUCCAUCAUAACACAAAAUCAUUUCUUGAAAUUAUCAACUUGUACAUUUUAUACAAUAAAGAGAAUCGUUUUUGUAUAUCAAAUAAGAACAAA